AUGUUCAGUAUAGACAGCGGCGCUUGUGGAAGAAUGUCUCGUGGAAGUACUGGUUCGUUUCUACUUAGAAAACAAGGAUCAGCAAAUGAAACGGUUUUUGCAGGAGUUCGUUGUACUCAAUGCUCAGGUUUGACACAAAUCACAAUUGUUUGUUUGGAUGAGAAGACAGAUUGUCUUUUACGAACAUUAUCUGGUAUGUAUGCGCGCUUACCAAUAUCAUCAAUGUGGCAGUGUGCUCCGGCUCACCUUGUAGUGUAUGCGCGAAAGACAAUCGAGAGAGUAUUCAUGGCACAAAUUCACGCCUUAGCGUUCUACCCAAAUUUGGAUGCUGAUCGACAUCGUGAUGAGUUAUUCUCAAAGUCCCUAGCUCGACUAUCUCGUUCAAUUCAUCCUGGCCAUCCUAUGCUAAAGAUCCCCAACGUUCUUCAUGGUGAAGCUCCUUGGCCAUCUGCACAAGCAGAGAUAAGCAUUAUAAACGCUUAUAAGUCUGCUCGGGAUAAAUUGGGCUGUGUAGUAAGGUGUUGUGAGACUAUCAGCAACCUAAUUUCAAUGGCGCCUGGCAUGGGAGCGGCCGCUGCCGAUGACGUCACUCCAGUGCUUGUUUAUGUCCUCAUUCAGGCAAACCCACCUUCAAUUCUUUCAAAUGUUCAGUAUGUACAGGGGUUUGGCGGGUCACUUCUUGAUGGAGUUGAAGGGUAUUGGUGGACACAGUUCACAGCUGCUAUCGAAUUCAUCAAAACGCUCUUGUAA